UCACAAGCACCAGUCCAAAAAAAGCAAAAAUGAGUCCCAGCAUCACUUCCGAGGCCAGCCAGCACCUCACUGUGAGGUCCACUGUGGCCCAGAGGAAACAGGCUCAUGAGCUUAGAAAGACUCUCAAACCUCUGUUGGAGAAGAGAAGACGUGCUCGCAUUAAUGACAGUCUGAGCCAUUUAAAGAGUCUCAUCCUGCCUCUUGUUGGCAAAGACACCUCCCGCUACUCCAAAUUGGAGAAAGCAGACAUCCUGGAAAUGACUGUCCGCUUCCUCAGAGACCUUCCAGACUCUUCCCCUAAAGACCCUGCAGAAAGUUACAGGGAAGGCUACAAAGCUUGCCUCCAGCGGGUUUCGGCUCUGCUCCCUCAGGCCAGUUUGGACCAGGACGUGUCUCAGCGCAUCAGCGAAUUUGUGCAUCGCUCCAUGUCUGCCACUGUCACCCCGGCGUGUCUCAAAUGCUGCGCGCAGACCUCCAGAGCCUUUCCACACAUCCAGCAAAGGCUCCUGAGCCUCAAGUCUGGCGUCAGCUCCAUGAGACCAGAGAGCCACUCUAUUCAGUCUCAGCCGGUGGCCCCCAGUCGGGCAAUGCAUCAGCUCCUACCUGCUGCCAGCGCUGCCAUGUGGAGGCCCUGGUAG